CCUGUCAUCACUGGUGAAGCUAAAGCUGGCAAAAUGAAAGACGAGCAGAUCUCCUCGCAUUUCAUCGCCGGCGAAAUUAAAGAACAGGUGACACUGCCUUUUAUCGCUGCCCAGAGUAAAGAAGAAGAGCAGCAGAUAACAGCGCAUUUCAUCGCAGAUGAAACUAAAGAAGAGCAGAACAUGUUCUUGCCUUUCAUCGCUGACGAAGUUAAACAAGACUCGGAGAUAAUAACCUUGCCUUUAGUCUCCAUCGACACGAAAAAAGACCAGAAUACAGAUUUUCUUUUGGUCUCUGGUGAAAGUAAGAAGCAACAAGGGCCGACAUUUACUUUGCCUUUUAUCGCCGGUGAAACUAAAGUGGAGGAACUAGAGGCUGCCUUGCCUUCUAUCACCGGUGAAAUUGAAAAAGCGGGAGCAAUGGGUACCUUACCUUUCAUCGCUGUCGAAACUAGAGAAACAUUUGCCUUGCCUUUUGUCGUUGAUGACCAUCAGAAAGAAGAACCGAUGGUUACCUUGCCUUCUGUUGCUAUGGAAACUGAAAAAGAAGAGCAUAAAGUUUCCUUGCCUUUGGUUGUUGAUGAACCCAAACAGGAAGGACCGAGGAUUACCUUGCCAUUUAUUACAAUAGAUACUAAAGGUGAAAAGCAGAAGAUUUCUUUGCCUUCUGGUUACAUUGCUAUGGAAACUAAAGCAGAAGAGCAGAAGGUUCCUUUGUCUUUUGUUGCUAAGGAAACUGAAAAAGGACACCAGAAGAUUUCCUUGCCUUCGGUUGCCCGUGAACCUCGACAAGAAGAACCAAUGAUAACUUUGCCUUUUAUUGAUAUGGACACUAAAGAAGACGAGCAGCAGAUUUCAUUCUCUUUGGUUGCUACGGAAACUAAAGAUGAAAAGCAGAAAAUUUCGUUGCCUUUCGUUGUUGAUGAACCCAAACAGGAAGGACCGAGAGUUACCUUGCCUUUUAUUACUAUGGAAACUAAAGAAGAUGAGAAAAUUUCGUUGCCUUUUGCCGGUGGUGAACAUAAACAAGAGGAACCGAAAGUGAGCUUACCUUUUGUUGCUAUGGAAACUAAAGAAGAAGAGAGGAAGAUUUCCUUACCUUUUGUUGCUAUAGAAACUGAAAAAGAAGAGCAAAGAAUUUCCUUGCCUUUGGUUGCUUGUGAAGCUAAGCAGGAAGGACCGAGGGUUGCCUUGCCUUCUAUUACUACAGAAACUAAACAAGAAAAGCAGAUUUCUUUGCCUUCUGGUUACAUUGCUAUGGAAACUAAACAAGAAAAGCAGAUUUCUUUGCCUUCUGGUUACAUUGCUAUGGAAACUAAAGAAGAACAGAAGAUUUCUUUGCCCUCUGUCGCUGGUGAAACCAAUCAAGAAGAAGCGAAAACGAUGUUGUGUGAUGUCACCUGUGAAGCCAAACAAAAGGUGAAGCAAGUGACUGUGAUAACUGUAGAGAAAACUCACCUGCCCCAGAGGUUAGACGUUCUAGAAGAAAAAAGAGAAGUGCACAAGUCAGAGGCAGACAUCGUACCACACACAGCAACAACCUCACAGAAAGAACUUGUAGAUACUUCACUACGAACAGAGGUAUCACCGAUGAAAUUUCAUGUCCAGGUGGACACCCCAGGCCAAACAACAGAGUUGCAGGAGGUCCAAGAGAACAUCCUGCCGCAGGCAACAGUUGGACUUCACGGUUCGCAUCCAGAAAUCGGACCACAGAAAAUGAAAGAGCACGUGGGUGAGACAACUGAAACAACUCCUACACCUCUGUCUCCUGCUCAACUCAGAGCGCGAGAAAAGGAAAUGAAGGCCUUGAAGAAGAAGGAAGAGAAAGCCAGAGCUAAGGCGGCUAAGGACGAAAAGAAAAGACUGAAAGAAGAAAAGAAAAGAGAGGCCAAAGAAAAGAAAACUAAAGAGAAGGGUAAACUGACAGAAAUAGAGGUGACGGUCAAAAUCAUAGAAGAACCAAAGACAGAAGUGGACGAUGAGCUGAUUGUACCGUUAACAGCAGCAGAAGAAUCCACCCGCUUUCGAUCAUCCGCCAUUUUCAGUAAACCCAAUGAGGUUGCCCAGGAAACGUUCACUGUGGCACAGACAGUGAAGUCUUCACACGCUCCACCUUCUGAUUUUAAGGAGGAACCGACAGAACCUAUAGAGGAACCGUUGACAGUGGCACAGACAGUGAAGUUGGAGGCCGUACACGUGUCGCCCGCCAUUGUGGCCGAGCUGGGGUCACCACAGGGGGAGGUCACGAGACAGACAGAGGUUGUCAUUGGUCCAAACAGCGCAGUGCAGGAAGGUGACAAGGUCGUGUCAUUAGGUUUUCAUGGUGAUGACAUCAUCUCCUCUAUCGAAAGUUCUGUCAUCAAGGUGGAUGAGUCUCUGCAAACCAAACGGAAAGAUGAGAAACCCGACGGUCGUCCUCCAGAUCUACCCGAAAGUCCAUACCCGGAUGAUGACACCCUAGAAACUCCGAAGGUGGAUCAGGUGAGGGACAUUCCUAACGACUCGCUGUCAGACGUUUCUGAGUCGCUAUCCGCCUCGUGGGGAGAGACUGACUGGACACCAUACAUCCGGCUUUCUCCGCGCACCAAGGAAGCUGUGCGGUCUCCGGAAACUGGCGAAGCCAGCGGAAGUCCUCUGAAGAAGAUUGAGUUAGGUCCCCGUCUUCGCACGGCCAUAUUGAGGAGGAUCACAGGGGAAGUGCGCAUGUCCGAGGUGAAGCGCGUGAACCUGACUAAACCGCGCAGCGUGGACACCCUGGCAACCACCCCACCUUCACGAAGACAGCGCCCCCGACGACCUGGCGAGCCGGUCAGCAGUGCAGACAACCGCGACAACUCCUCGCUCAGCAUCAGAUCGUCGUGCGGCGCCAGCAUCCAGUAUCAUCCAGCCUCCCUGUCCCCGGCUUGUGAAGCUGUGGAUGGACAGGAGGAGACACGCGAAACCCUCCCAACGAUGCCGCUAGAGCAGCUCGCGACCUCCGAGGAUGAAGAAAGGUCUGGUGAGCAAAAGUCUGGCAGUGGAAGCGAGAGAAGGCGGUCGACUACAAGUGACGGUGACGACAUUGUCGGUAGUGAUGCUGGGGACUUGCUCUCUGGGGAACUCUUCGUGUCCACCCUACAGGUGGUUGUGACGUCAUCACAGGAGGUCGACGGCGAGUGGCGACCAACCUCAGGACAAGAGGGUGACCUCGACCUCAUUGAAGGUGCUGAGGACACUGCUGAGGGGGGAGACACUUAUCGUGAAGUGUACGUCGUUGAGGGGCGGUCCCUGGGCCUGAGCUCUGUGUCCCCACAGAUAGUCACCCGUGGAAUGAUGCAGAUGACUCUCACGUUAUUCCUGCAGAUGAGGCGGGUGCACAAGUCACCGGCAGUAAGAUGCGCGCGCAGGAUGUGGAAUCAUUUCAGCACUUGAGGGAUAAGAAGACUGUUGAUGUUGAGAACAGCUCAGAUGGCUCUUCCGACAGUGAUGACGCUGCAGACGAGAAGGGGAGGUCACAUGGCGCUUCUGAUAGCGAUGACGUCACAGGUUCAUCAAUCGCCGGGGUCACUGUAGAGGUGACAGAAUCAGCGAGGGCGUGUAAGGACCGUGACAUCGUGGAGCAGACAUCAGAUACAGAGAAAGGAGAGAAAGAAACGGAGAAGGAUGGUGUAUCCGUUACAACUGAUUGCACUUUCUCUCAAACGCUUUCUUACAGUCAUCAGUCGGGGGACACUACCUAUCACAGGGAUGACGGGGACACGGUAUUGGUGCCCCUUACCUGUCUGGCUUCGGACACCAAUGCUGCUCACGACUCAGGGACGAUCCAAGAGAGCUGUGGGCAGGCAUCGGGGGCAGAGUGCUGUGGGCAGGCGUGUGGGCAAGCAUGUGGGACGGCUGAAGAAACGCGAGAGCUGCCAGGCAACGGUGACGUCGGCAGCACGUGCAGCGGUGUGAGUGGUUCACCUUUGCCAGACGAAGGCGCCAGUGCCGCCAGCUCCAGUCCACAUGGGGUUUCGCUGCAUGGGUACUGUCUUCUUCCCGACAUGCUUGGCGACACCAAGGCUUCAGAACGUCUGGAGGCUAACAAUAAUGUUUCCACGUCGACAGGCGCGUCCAUAAAAGAAGAGGGAGACUAGACCCGCUGGUGUCCAUUCUCCAGACAGGUAUACUGCUCCGGUCGGACCACAGCGACUGUGUUGGUGAUUAAAGUCCGAAGAUGUGCUAUUUGGUGACAAGGCGACACUGCACCCUGACCUGCCAGGUAUCGGGUGGGACAAGGACGAUUUUGAAAAAUCACUGUCCAGAAUGUGUUUCCAGGUAACCGCCGUGUCUCCCCUCACUGACCUCACAGCCGGACAGUG